AUGUUUGAGCAUGCGCACAUUUUAGAGGAAGAGGGUGGAGACACUGCUGAUUCCUUGGAUAUUAAACCACCACAAGCGAUUGUUCGACAUCAUAAAUCAAGCUCAUCUCAUCAAGGAGAGGAACAUAGUGAUAGAAGAAGUCACAGGGAUGAUAGAUGUAGUGACGCGACCUUAGAGGGACGGCUCUAUCUUGGAACAGGAAAAGCCGAAGAGCUUUAUCUCCUGAUUUUAACAAAACUGAAAAAGGCCAUAUCAGAGGGUAAUAUUAAUACUUUCAAACAAUUAAGCAAUUUAAUUGAUUAUACAAAAGAUGCAGAAGACCAAAUAGUUUUGAGAAAUUAUUAUGCUCAUGCUAAUAAUCCUAUUAAAAAUACUAAUAUAGUCAUCUUAGCUUGUAAACACAACAAACUAGAACUUCUAGAGUGUCUAUUUGACAGUGAUAAUAGAGUCUUAAAUAAUUUAUCUAUUAAUAUCACAAGAACUAAUAUAUUACCAGAUGACAGAGAUGAAGAAUGUCAUAAUGCGUUUUAUUAUGCUAUACGUUCAGAAAAACUUAAAAACGAAAAAGAUAUUAUGGAAGAUAUAAACAUUAACAACGAUUCUGUUCAUCGAAAGUUAACACGUGAGAAAGUUAUUGCACAGAUUAUUAGCAAUUCCCCUCAAUUUGAAGAGUUGUAUAAUGAUUAUCAACGAAUUAGGGAUAUUCAGUCUUUAAAGAAAAUAAAUGAUUAUAUAAAAUUGGCACUAUUAGCUGAUUCUAAAGAAAAGAAAGGCCAGUUAACUAUUACAAGGACUUUACAAGUUAUUGGUGAGCAUUUUAAAAACACCUUAGAGUCUCCUAAGUUAUCUACUACUACAAAUGAAAAUACUCCUUUAUUAAAUGGAAGAUGUUUACGUAAUCAUUUAGCACAUGAUAAUGCAUUAGUUGAUAUAUUAUUAUCUGAUCCUUCAACAACAGUUAUUUUAAACGCUAAAAAACUUAUUGAAAUUAAAGAAAAUAUAAUGGGAAGUAACAAAAAAAUUGGCAAAUUGGUGAGUGAUGAUUCUUCCAAAUUGAGAGAGAAAUACUAUCAAGGCUUAGUUACCAUUACUAAUCAGCAAAGACUAUUCGAUGCUUUGCAAGAAGGAAAUUGCGAAAGCUUAAAAGAUUGCCUCAGAAAAGGAGCAGAUAUCAAUGCUAGAAGUAGUAUUCACUUAUGGACCACAUUGCAUUUUGCUGCUAAGGGAUCUAGUCUUAAAGUUACAAAAUUCAUCCUUGGCCAAAGUCCACUGCACGUUGCUGCUGCACAUGGAAGGACAGAUAUUGUGGACUUCUUCGUAAAAGAAGCAGGUUUGUAUGUUGAUGAUAUAGAUAAUAGUGGCAAAACACCACUACAACUUGCAGCUCGAAAUGGUCACAAGGAUACUGUCAAGGUUCUAUUAGAAAAUAAAACUAAUACUGUUACCCAAGAUGUAAUCGGUUUUUCAUCUUUACAUUAUGCAAUAAGAAACAAUCAUAUUGACGUUGCUAAGAUUAUACUAGCAAAAGAUAAAAAUGUUGACAUUAAUGAGUUUCGUGGAGGAUUUACUCCAUUGCAUGUAACUGCAGAAAUGGGUCACUUGGAGUUAGUUAAUUUUUUACUUGAACAUGAGGCAAAUUUUAACGCUAGAUGUGAUAGAAAGUGGACACCAUUACAUGUGGCAGCGCUCAACGGCCAUCUGGAAAUAAUGGAGGCUUUAAUUCUGAAGGGAGCUGAUGUUAACGCUAGAGUUAUCAAUGAUGUAACGCCAUUACAUUUUGCAGUAGAAAGCGGUCAUGAGAAGAUAGCUAGAACUCUAUUGGAACAUGGAGCUGAUGUUAAUGCUAUUGACGAAAUCUAUAAGAAUGCAGCUUUACACUAUGCGGCAAGAGAUGGGCACGAGGGAAUCGUUAAGACUUUACUGGAAUAUAAAGCUGACCCUAAUAUUAAAACUUUUGAAGGUGCAACUCCACUACAUUUAGCAGUACAGAAGGGAAUCGUUAAGACUUUACUGGAAUAUAAAGCUGACCCUAAUAUUAACACUUUUGAAGGUGCAACUCCACUACAUUUAGCAGUACAAAAGGGCCGUUUGGGAAUAGUGACUAUUCUCCUCGAACAGAGUGUUAACAUUCACGCUAAAGAUAAAAAUAAUAAUACACCAUUACACUGUGCAGUUAAUAGUGGUCACGAGACAGUUGUUGAACUUUUAUUGGAAAAGGGAGCAGAAGUAAAUGCUAAAACGAAUAGUAAUGUAACACCACUACAUAUAGCGACUAGAAAAGGGUAUCAAAAUAUUACUGAUCUUCUGAUAAAGCCCGAAUAUAAAGCCCGAAUUAAUGCUCAAGACAAAUAUGGUAAUACACCCCUACAUACAGCUGCGUUGAAUGGUAGCAUAGAUGUUAUUACACUUCUAAUAAAAAAGAAAGCUAAAGUAAAUGCUAGAAGGAAUGACGGCAUUACACCAUUGCAUGUAGCUACUCUAAAUAAUCAUAUAGAUGCUAUUACUUUUUUAAUAGACAAUGGUGCCGAAGUCAGUGCUAUUGCAAAAGAUGGUACUACACCAUUACAUUUAGCUGUCCAAGAAGGCAACAUAAAUGUUGUUGAACUCCUAUUCAUAAAUAAAGCCAAAGUCAAUAUACACAGUACUGCAGGCAGAACACCAUUACAUAUUGCUGUGGAAGUAGGUCAUAAAGAAAUCGUUAAGAGUUUGAUAGAACACGGGGCUGAUACUAACAUCGGGGCUAAUAUUAACAACCACCAUGGGACACCAUUAAAUUCUGCAGUUGUACAAAAUAAGAAGGAAAUCGUAGAACUUCUUCUAGCAAAUCAAGCUGACACAAAAGAUAGUAAAAAGAUAGUAAAAGAUAGUAAACCUUUAUUGCAAGCAGCGCUUUUUGGCCAUAAAGAUAUUGUAGAAAUUUUGUUAAAAUAUGAAGCUACCAUUGACAUAAAAGAUUCUGAAGGCUGUACUCCAUUACAUCUAGCUGCCAUAAGAGGUCAUAAGGAAGUUGUUGAGAUUUUAAUAGCACGUGGAGCUGAUGUCAGCAUUCAAUCUAACAAAGAAACAACACCAUUACAUGCAGCAGCCAUAAAUGGGCACAGUGAUGUUGUAAAAGUCUUAUUAAAUAGUAAAGUAGAUAUUCAUAUUAAAGAUAAUCAGAGUAGAACAUCGUUAGAAUUGGCAGUGGCACAUGGUCAUUUAGAAGUGGUUAAAACAUUACUUCAGUACCAGAAAGGAGAUAUAAAUACUAACAAUAAGAGUAUCGACAAUUGGACAAUAUUGCACAUUGCUUCACAAGAAAGUAAUCUGGAAAUGGUGAAGUACUUAGUAGAUAAUGGAUCUGACAUAAAUGCUAAAAAUGCCUCUGGCUCAAAGCCCAUGCACAUUGCAGCUAGAGAAGGUCAUAAAGAUACUGUAGAGUUUUUCCUAGGUAAGGGAUUAAAUAUUAACGAUCCUGGUGCAGUUAAUCAGACAUUAUUGCACUAUGCUGCAAUGAAGGGUCAUUUAGCAGUUGUGGAGUACUUAAUAGCGCAAGGUGCUGAUGUUAAUGCUCAAGAUACCAAUGGCAUAAGUCCUAUGCAUAUUGCUGCUAGUUUUGGCUAUAAAAAUGUAAUUGAAGUUUUACUAAAAAAUGGAGCAGUUUAUAAUCUUGUUGACAAGUCUCAUAAAGAACCAUUAGUAAUGUCUCGUGACGAAAACGUUAUCAAUUUAUUAGCAUCAAUUAAAAACUUAUUUGAGGCUAUAAAACAAAUGAGUGACUCAUUUAAAAACAUUGAAAAUGGCAAAUCUGAAGUUAUUAAUGAUCUUAAUAGAAUAAAAGAUGUUGAUACAAUAAAAGCAAUCAUGGGUGCCCGUAAUGAAGGAAACAAAACGCUAGUAGUAGUUGCAGUACAUAGUAACUUUUCACAGGUCGAACAAUUGAAAGAGAUAUCACAGGGUGACGUAUCCUUUCAGAUUGCUAAGGCCGUAGCGCUUUCGAAUCAGAGGAAGUAUCAAGAAGCCUUAAAUAUUUUUAACAGUGCAUUUGAAAAGAGGAAAGAAAUAUUAGGACCAGAUAAUCCAGGCACUUUAGAUAUUCAAGCAUAUAUAGCUAAUAUAUUAUAUGUACAAGAAUGUUUCCAAGAAGCUUUGAAUACACUUGAGGAAAUUUUUCUGAAACGAAAAGAAGUGCUGGGUUUAAAUGACAAGGACACUUUAAAUACAAGAAGUACAAUUGCUCUAAUGCUGCAUGGACUAGGAAAAAAUGAGGAAGCGUACAAUAUCUAUCAAGAAGUCUAUCAGAAGCAAACCGAGAUAUUAGGAUCAAAUCACUCAGAUACUUUAGAGACGCAGUUUCAUAUGGCACUAGUAUUGGAUGCACUAGGAAAAUACGAAAAAGCCUUAAAUAUGAGUAGGAUAGUUUUUGAAAAAAGAAAAAAUAUGUCAGGUGCGGAAAACGUAAAUGCUGUGUGUGCUCAAAAUAAUAUAGCGAUGGUAUUGUCUAAUCAGGGUAAAUACGCAAAGGCAUUGGAAAUUUAUAAAGAAGUUUUCGAAAAGAAGAAGGUGAUUUUUGGUAUUAAUCAUCCUGACACCGUGAAAACAUUAUAUAACAUUGCCGAAGUAUUAUUCAGUCAAAAAAAAUAUCAUGAAGCCUUGAAAGCUCACCAAGAGGUUUUAAAUAUUCAAAAAAACGUUUUGGGACCAAAUCAUUUCGAUACCUUAAAUACUCAAUAUGGGAUGGCAAAUGUAUUUUUCGCUCAAGCCAAAUGGAUUAGUGCACUGAAAGCCUACAAAACAUGUUUUGAUCAAAUGAAAGCUGUUUUUGGACCAAAUCAUCCUAAUGUUUUGGAUAUUUUGCACAAGAUAGGAACGAUUAAUUUGACAUUUUACCUUGAGGGCAGAAAAUCAGAUAUUCUCCAAGAUCUACAAAAAGACAUUAAUAUUGUUGCUAGUAAUGAUGAUAUACAAAAUGUCCAACGUCUAUUAAAAGAUGGACCUAAUCCUAAUGAAAAAGACAUUGAUGGAAGAAUAUCGCCACUGUACGCUCUGCAACAUUGCACUGCAAUGUGCAAUAUUGCAAUAUUGCAGCAAUGUUGCUGCAAACUUUUGUGCUGUAUGGAUAGUAAUGCUAAAUCCGCUGCUAGCGGCAGUACGUCACUUCACGUUGCAGCCAGUAAUGGUUACUUAGAGAUUGUCAAAUCUUUAAUGAAGCAUGGUGCAAUCUAUAACAUUAAGAAUAAGGAAGGUAAGAUACCUCUUGAUCUUUCCAAAAACCAGAGUGUUAUUGAUUUACUGCAACUGGUUGAAGAAUUAUUUGAAGACGCAAAAAAAGGUAAUAUUGAAAUUAUUAGCAAGUUAAAAGCAGUAAACGCAGAUGAGUUUGUAGCUGCAAUGUAUGCUCGUAAUGAUCAACGAAAUACGCUGUUACAAGUUACUAUAUCUAAUAAACAUAUGAAUAUUACGGGUGAAAUAUUAAAAAUGCUAAAAAUGUCAAAUCAAAAUUUAUAA